ACAACAGAACCAGAACCUCGACAAGUGCUAAUAGCAAGCCAUGGAACUUCGGAAGGCCAACAUACAAAUGCCAAUAUUGCAAAGCAUUGCUAUGGUGUGAAGAAAGAUUAAAUUCAAACAAAGGAACUACAACACCCUCUUUUGGAAUAUGUUGCAAACAAGGGAAAAUCGAUCUGCCGCCACUAAGAGAACCUCCACCAUACCUUAGAAACCUCUUAAGAAGUGAAGGGCAGGAUUCGGUAAACUUCAAAGAAAAUAUAAAGUCAUACAACUCAAUGUUUUCAUUCACACCGAUGGGAGGAGCUGUGGACAAGGAAAUAAACACUCGCAAAGGACCUUAUGUUUUUCGUUUGCAUGGACAAAACUACCACCAUAUCGGAACUCUUUUGCCUCAAGGUAUAGACAAACCUCGGUUCGCACAGCUAUACAUCUAUAAUACCGAAAAUGAGGUGGAAAACAGGAUAAGUGCAUCAAGACGCAAUGAUAAUGAAUCAACAGUGGACCCCAACAUCGUCAAAGAACUGAAAAUAAUGCUCGACGACAACAACAUCCUCACAAAAACAUUCAGAAUGGCAAGAGAUAGAUUCCAAGAAGGAGACUACCAUGAUUACACACUUCGGAUACUAGGCAAAAGGAACGGAACACACAACCUUCCAUCCGCAUCUGAAGUUGCAGCAUUGGUAGUAAGAGAUCCAACCGGAGAGAGUGAAGGACGUGACAUUGUUGUUGAGUACAAAAAUAUGGAGCCGCAAAGGAUAUCAGAGAUCCACCCGAAAUUCAUGUCCAUGCAAUAUCUGUUGUUGUUCCCAUAUGGAGAAGAUGGUUUUAAACUUGAGAUACCCUACAAGAAAACAAAAGGAGGUACAAACAGCAGGAAAUACGUAACGUUGUUGGACUGCUAUGCAUUCUACCUACAGCAACGUCCUGAUCAAGGAAUGUUACUGCUCAAGUCCGGGCAUUUGUCACUGCAAUUUUGGGUGGAUGUAUACACAUGUAUCGAGCAAAAUAGACUAAACUGGAUCCGACACAAUCAAGGAAAGCUACGAACUGAACUUUACAGUGGAUUGCAGGAUGCGAUUGAGCGAGGGGACACAAGAACAGAGCAAGUUGGAAAGAGGAUAAUUGCGCCUUCAUCUUUUACAGGUGGUAGAAGAAACAAGGCACAAUAUUUGCAAGAUGCCUUUGCAAUAUGCCGUUGGGCUGGAUACCCAGACCUAUUUAUAACAUUCACAUGCAAUGCAAAGUGGCCUGAGAUCCAAUACAUGCUAGAUGAAGCGGGAGGUGGCCAAAAGCCAGCCGAUCGGCCAGAUAUUGUGGACAGAGUAUUUAUGAUCAAACUAAAAGAGCUAAUGAGCGACAUAAAAGAAAAGAAAUACUUUGGAGAAACAGUUGCAAGUAACUCCCAUUGACUAUCAAUCUUUACU